GAAUGCGCAUGCCUGAUGAGUAAUAUUCAUGUGGAAGUCUGGGUACGAUCAAAGCCCUUGAUAAAUAGUAUACGGGUGUUCGUUGGUCUUUUCUUUCUUGUGUUCAAGAUGUCUUCCGGACGUGGUCAUGGCGUAACUGUAAAAGAUGUGAAUCCACAUGAUUUUGUAAAGGCAUUCGCAGCCCAUCUAAAGAGGCAAGGGAAGCUUAAGAUUCCAGAUUGGGUUGAUCUUGUAAAAACAGCAAAAAGGAAAGAGCUUGCUCCAUAUGAUCCAGAUUGGUUCUAUACUAGGGCAGCUUCUAUUCUUCGACAUGUGUACCUUAGAGGUGGUGUUGGAGUUGGUGCAAUGACCAAAAUUUAUGGAGGAAGAAAGCGACGAGGUUCAAAACCUUGUCAUUUUGAAAAAGCUUCUUCAUCUGUUGCCCGCAAAGUUUUGCAGUCUUUGGAACAACUUAAUUUAGUUGAACAACAUCCAAAUGGGGGACGAAAAAUAACUUCUCUUGGACGCAAAGAUCUUGAUCUUAUUGCUGGACAAAUUGUUCAUGCUGCUGAAAAUAAGUCAUAAUUUUGGUUGAAGAAACAUGAAAAUAAAUAGUUUUUGCUCUUGAAA